AUGGGCUCCGUUCAUCAGCUUGAGCAUGGCUCCCGUAGCACAACUGGGACCUGGGUCCCCUUUGACUGGGAAGAUCCAGUGUUUGGACAGCAGUCCAAAGGAGAGGUCGUCGUUAUUCGAAGCGGAGGAACGUCUGGAUCUCUGAGUGCAGGCCUGUGGCGCACGGGUCCAGGAAUCGCGGGCUGCAAUGAAGACGGCACCUGCGACGUCGUGUAUUCAGCUCCCCUCGGCGAUGAAACUAUGCUGCUGCUGGAAGGGUCAACAGAGGUCACCAUCAAAUCCACCGGCAAGAAGUAUAAGCUUAGCGCAGGCGACAUUAUCUGCCAUCCAAAAUAUGUCCAACUUUCGUGGCACACCAAUGGCCCUUUUCUGAAGAAGUUCUGGGUUAUGUGGGACGGACCUACACCUGGAACCACAAAGGAAGAUCUCAUAAUUGGCAACAUUAACGACAACCCACAAGCUUGGACUUGUUACGCUUGGGACGAGCCAGGCAAGGGCAAACAGCAAGCUGGCGAGUUUCACCUCAUCAGAGAUACGGGCUCAACAGGAAGCCUUGAGGUCGGACUUUGGAGAACAGGCCGCGGAAUGCCCGGGUGUGACCCCGAUGGUUCUGCCUCCUUUGAAUACAGUGCACCCCUCGGCGAUGAAACCAUCAUGCUUCUUGAAGGGUUGGUCACCAUUACCGAGCAUGACACUGGCAAGACGCUCAAGUUUCAAGGUGGAGAUGUAAUUGCACUACCCUCUGGUCUGAAGGUUACAUGGACAUCUGAGGCGCCUUUUGUAAAAACUUACUAUGUUCUCACGAGCGACAAGUCUGUUAGCUAG